AUGGAUGGCGAUUACGGUAAAACACGCAGUACUAUGAUGCAAGCUACAAUAAUUAUAUUGUGGCUAUUAUACUGCAUCCCACAAAUUAGAUGUGACCACGCUGGUGUCAAAGCAGAGAUACCACGGCCCCUGGAGAAAAUGCCCGUUGUCAGCCAAAAGGUUUCCGCCAAAUAUGACGAUUUCGGGGAGCGACUUCCCACAACACUAGCGCCCUAUAACUACAGAGUGUGGCUUCAACCAUACUUCACAGCGGAAAAAGACGGAGCCAAGUUUCUGGAUCUAGACGGUAACGUAGAUAUUUAUUUUAACUGUCUUGAAGAUACUCGCAAUAUUACAGUUCAUUACAAGCAUAUGACAAUUUUAAAAUACGAACUUUAUGACAUCAGCGGCGAGGUGGAUAAACUCCUUCAGACUGCCGGUAACGCUACGAUCGACGAAUGGGAUUUGUACAUCAUAACCGCAAUGGCUCCCCUGCAAUCCGGGGUCAAUUAUCGUUUAUAUAUGGAAUAUAUAGCUACUGUUGAUCACCCAGAUUUGUGGGGUUUAUACUAUGGUCAUUACGUAGAAGACGCCAGCAAUAAAACUUUUGUUGGUAGUCAGUUAGAAGCAACAGCAGCACGCAGAGUUUUUCCUUGCUUCGAUGAGCCAGCUUUAAAAGCAACAUUCGACACCACAUUAGUGUACAGACCGGAAUACGUGGCACUGUCCAACACGGAUUCCAUUUUAAACGACACCUACUAUGAUCCGAACACCGAUGAAGUGUGGAGUGUUACCUACUUUGCUACAACCGUCAAAAUGUCGACUUAUCUGAACGCCUACACUGUUGGUGACUGGGCAUGUGUAGAAGGUACUACACGGAAUGGUAUAAAGUUUCGGGUAUGGACUCGGCCGUCCUUCCUUUAUAAGGUGGAAUACGCAUUGGAAGCAGGAAUGAUAGAACUUAGUAAUUUUGAAGAUCUUUGGAAUAUUGCAUACCCCCUCGAGAAGAUGGAUAUGUCUGCGUUACCAGACUUUUCUGCGGGUGCGAUGGAAAACUGGGGUCUGAUCUUCUACCAGGAAGCGUAUUUAUUAUACAGUCCAGUGGAGGAUAGUCCAGCACAGAGAAAAAUCGUUGCACAGAUUAUUGCACAUGAACUCGCACACCAGUGGUUUGGUAAUUUAGUAACAUUGGAGUGGUGGAGUCAUACCUGGCUCAAUGAAGGUUUCGCUACAUAUUACGAAUAUCUGGCCACGGACUGGGUGGAACCGGGGUUUGAAAUGUAUGAACAAUUCUUCCAGAAGGAGGUGCAAUAUAGUGCUUUCUCGAAAGACCAACAAGGUGAUUCUCGCCCACUGAUAAUGGACGUUGGAAGUGAAAUUGAAAUACUAGGAAUGUUUGACACUAUCUCGUAUUCCAAGGGUGGAUCCAUAAUCAUGUUGAUGGGUGGGUUCCUAGGAGAACAGCUGAUGUUUGAAGGUUUCCGUAAUUAUCUCAAUCGAUUUGCAUACGACAACGCCGUAUCUGAUGAUUUAUGGGGUGUUUUAACAGAGACAGUAGAACUUGAUAUGGGGGGAAACAUGAAAGAUAUUUUCGGAUAUAGUAUGAAAGAACUUAUGGACCCAUGGACUUUACAAAUGGGAUUCCCCGUUGUUAACCUCACUCGAACAUCGACCACUGCUGUACAAGCCGACCAGGGACACUUCUUGUUAGAUCACUACGACGUGGUGGAAGAUGAAGAAUAUGGGAAUCUGGGAUAUGUAUGGCACAUUCCUUUAACUUUCACCCACGAAGCUGAAAAAUUGUUUACCAAUCCAAAUAUAGAAUGGCUUCAUUUAACAUCAUCGGAGCUCACAUUGGUUGGCGCUAAUGAUAUUAAUUGGUACAUUGCUAAUGUCAACCAAACUGCUUUUAUCCGGGUUAACUAUGACUUGGAGAAUUGGAGAAAACUGACCCAACAAUUGUUAACUAAUCAUAAGGCACUCCCUGUAAAAAAUCGAGCACACCUUAUAAAUGAUGCCCUAGUCCUAGGUCAAGCUCAACAACUAGAUCACGUUGUAUCCAUGGAAAUAAUUCAGUAUUUGUACAACGAGACUGAAUAUAUACCAUGGCAAGCCUACGAAGAUGAACAAUACUAUACAAAGUACAUGUUAUGGCGAACGUCUACGUAUGGCUUGUUGCAGCAAUACAUUCGUUAUUUAGUGAGCCCAAAUUAUGCCUCGUUGGGAUGGUAUUGGAACCCGACUGACGACAUUGACUAUUAUCGACGUUUAGAUACCCUGAGAAUAGCAUGUGAUUAUAAUCACGUCGACUGUGUUGCCGAUGCUACGUACCAGUACUCUGAAUGGAUGGCUUACCCAGACAACAACAAGAUACACGAAAAUAUGCGCAGAAACGUCUACUGUACAGCCAUUCGUCAUGGUGGUGAAACCGAGUGGAAUUUUGCUUAUAAUCGACAGAAAACAGAUCUACAAGAACGUAUUCGUUUACGAUCCGCCAUGGGUUGCACGCAAUUAGAAUGGCUGUUAAUAGGGUACAUGGAGGAGGCUCUAGAAGGGGACGAGUUUAGCGCAGAACUUACUAUUGGAUUUGUAAGAGAUAACUCAGCGUUGGGAUUUAGCCUUGCUUGGAGUUUUACAGUUGAAAACUUUGUAGCCCUGAACACAAUAUAUGGGGAUAGUGCAUACGAUAUAGUAUGGGAAUUUGCUGAUAAAAUGAAUACAGACAAAGACUUGCUUGAGUUGAACGCCUUCGGGAAUCUUCACAGCGAUAUGCCAGCCGAAGCAGCCAACGAUUUCAACGAAGCUGUUAAGCGAGUUGAAACGAAUAUACUCUGGUCUGAGAGAAAUGAGGAUGAUAUCCGUCUAUUCUUGGAAUCAGUAAAUGUGUAA